AUGGCGCCGUCAACAGACCAGCCAGUGAGGCUCCUAUGCAUCAUCCCAAUUUCAACAACAGGCAUGACAGACGAUCUCACACGUAUAUAUCCUUCCACCCCAACCCUCCAAGUCACUUUCAUAGACGGCCGCGAUCUCGACGACUGCCCCCCGUGUAUCGAGAACCACGCACAGGCCAUAUCCUCAACCAACGCCGUUCUCCCUCGGGCUGUAGAGUACACUUCCACCCACCGCCCGCAUGCUGUCCUCGUAUGCUGCUUCUCGGACCACCCGCUAGUAUACGCCCUUCGCGAGCAGCUCAGGGACAAGAUUCCCGUCACGGGAAUAUUCCAAGCCGCGCUACAGGAAGCAACAGCGGAAGGAGGCAAGUUCGGCAUUGUGACGACGGGGACCUCGUGGGAGAAGCCACUGACAGAUUCUGUUGGUGACCUCGGUUUUGACGGGUAUUCUACUGGCAUUGCGGCGACUGGGCUGAGUCCACUUGAGUUGGAGAGUUUGGAUCGGGGGGUGGUCGUCGACCGUAUUGCUACAUUUUCGAAGCCUUUGAUCGACGCCGGCGCCAAAAGCAUCAUCCUUGGCUGCGCAGGUAUGGCGGCAUUGGAAGAGGAUAUACUCUUGGCUCUUCCGCCUUCUAUCAGGACAAUUGACGGUGUUCGUUCAGGGAUGAUGCUUUUGUCGCGGCAGGUUGAGGAGGAGGCCUCUACCAAAUCAGGACUUUCUCUCCCUGACAUUGCUACCAAGCCCAAAAUUGCUGUGAGAUGCACGGAAUUGACAAGGGACGAGCAACAGUUAGUAUGA